GGGCGCGCGCGGGCGGCUGAGGGGCUAAGCAAAGCAGCGGGCCCGGGGUAGGGGAGGCCGGUCUGUGCGCUGUGGGCGUUCGGCAGGCGGAGCCGCGCGCGCCGAGACCCGGCAAGGUAAAGCCGGCGCCCUCGAGAACCUGUUAAAAGUCAGUUUUUAGUGAAAAAUAUUGGGCUAGAAGCCAAAACCCACUUCUUCGCUAAUUUGAUACUGUGCAAGUCAUCUUACCUCUCUGGAUCUCAGUUGCUUCAUCUGUAAAAAGGAGAUAAAAAUUCUUUACUGGUCUGAAGAUGAGGUGGAGGACCGUCCUACUACAAUAUUGUAUUCUCUUGGUUACAUGCCUACUUACUGCUCUUCAAGCUGUGCCUAUAGACAUAGACAAGACAAAAGUACAAAAUAUUCACCCUGUGGAAAGCGCAAAGAUAGAACCACCAGAUACUGGACUUUAUUAUGAUGAAUAUCUCAGGCAAGUGAUUGAUGUGCUGGAAACAGACCAACAUUUCAGAGAAAAGCUCCAGAAAGCAGACGUAGAGGAAAUAAAGAGUGGGAAGCUGAGCAAAGAGCUGGACUUAGUAAGUCAUCAUGUGAGGACAAAACUUGAUGAACUGAAAAGACAAGAAGUAGGAAGGUUGCGGAUGUUAAUUAAAGCUAAACUGGAUUCCUUUCAAGAUAUAGGCAUGGACCACCAAGCUCUUCUUAAACAAUUUGAUCACCUAAACCACCUGAACCCUGACAAGUUUGAAUCCACAGAUUUAGAUAUGCUAAUCAAAGCGGCGACAAGUGAUCUGGAAGACUAUGAUAAGACUCGCCAUGAAGAAUUUAAAAAAUAUGAAAUGAUGAAGGAACAUGAAAGGAGAGAAUAUUUAAAAACACUGAAUGAAGAAAAGAGAAAAGAAGAAGAAUCUAAAUUUGAAGAAAUGAAGAAAAAACAUGAAAAUCACCCCAAAGUUAAUCAUCCAGGAAGCAAAGAUCAACUAAAAGAGGUAUGGGAAGAGACUGAUGGAUUGGAUCCUGAUGACUUUGACCCCAAGACAUUUUUCAAAUUACAUGAUGUCAAUAGUGAUGGAUUCCUGGAUGAACAAGAAUUAGAAGCCCUAUUUACUAAAGAGUUGGAGAAAGUAUAUGACCCCAAAAAUGAAGAGGAUGAUAUGGUAGAAAUGGAAGAAGAAAGGCUUAGAAUGAGGGAACAUGUAAUGAGUGAGGUUGAUAUUAACAAAGACCGAUUGGUGACUCUGGAAGAGUUUUUGAAAGCUACAGAAAAAAAAGAAUUCUUGGAGCCAGAUAGCUGGGAGACAUUGGAUCAGCAGCAGUUCUUCACAGAGGAAGAGCUAAAAGAAUAUGAAAAUGUUAUUGCUUUACAAGAAAGUGAACUUAAGAAGAGGGCAGAUGAGCUUCAGAAACAAAAAGAAGAGCUACAACGUCAGCAUGACCAACUUGAGGCUCAGAAACUGGAAUAUCAUCAGGUCAUACAGCAGAUGGAACAAAAAAAAUUACAAGGAAUUCCUCCAUCAGGGCCAAAUGGAGAACUGAAGUUCGAGCCACACAUUUGAAGUCCAAACUCCGUAAGAACUUGGAAGAAAGCUGUUAAUUCAACAUCUAUUUUGUCUUUUUAGCUCCCUUCCUUUUUCUCUUCUCAAUAAAUAUUUUAAAGCAUA